GUUAAGUGCUUUUUCCCAUUGAUCAUUUUGCUUUCUCUCUCUCUUUCUUUCUUUUCUCUCUCUCUCUCUCUCUCUCUCUCUCUUUUAUUAUCUUUCUCUGUCUCUUUUACUCACACACUCGAUCAUUCGUCUGCGUGAUCGGAACAACCUUAAGCGCCCUCGAUUCUAUCGUAUCGUUGUGAUUUGACAAAGACAAAAUCAGGAAUAAAAAGAAAAAUAAAAACGACCACUAGUAGUUCAUUUCUUUUUUUUUUUUUUUUAAUUCGCAACGCUUGUGCUUUUUUAUGCGAUGGACGAAGAUCCUACGAAAAAAUUUCCGCACAUCGACGAAACGAUCGUAACUCAAAGCGAUCUCUCGCAGAAUGGACAUAAGCUCUUUGAUACCAGCUGGACUUCAGUCUAAUUUGCCGGAUAUUCCAUUGCCUGGUUACAACAAGUUUUCUGAAAAUUUGCGAAAGUUUACGCCGCAGGCGAUACAGUGUGCCAUUUUUUGCGGUGGAUCCAGAUGCAAGUAUGAAAAUCCAAAAGCAUGGCCACCGGUUCACAUGGCGAUACAAAACGUCUUUUCGCACUGGGUGACAGACGAUGUUUUAGCCAUGGCACGACCAAGUACCAGGCAAAUAAUAAAGGAAAACAUGAUUGGCCAGUUCCAAGAAUGGAGCAUAAAAACCAUAAUAAACUUACAAACACCGGGUGAACAUGCAAGCUGCGGGGGACCUCUCGAAAAGAGUGGCUUCACCUACGAUCCUAAUAUUUUUAUGAAGAACGAGAAUCCUUGGAUAAAGGAAAUAAUUUCAAAGGAAGGAAGUUCUCGAUCAUUAAACAUUUAUUAUUACAAUUUUGCUAUGAAGGAUUAUGGCGAAGCGACGAUGGGAAAACUUUUGGACAUGGUCAAGGUCGUAGCCUUUGCCGUGCAAGAAGGAAGAGUGGCGAUUCACUGUCAUGCUGGUUUAGGUAGAACAGGUGUUCUGAUCGCAUGUUACCUGAUUUAUAGUUUACGUGUGAGAGCAAACGACGCCAUAAGAUUCGUUCGCAUGAAACGACCAUGUGCGAUUCAGACACGAGGACAAAUAAUUUGCGUUCAGGAAUUUGAACAUUUCGUGUUACCACAGAUGAUAGUUUAUCCAUUAAACAGCACGAUCGGCGAUAGAAAAGCUUGUAGUCUUCAAUCGUAUCUGAAACGACAGCAUAAUAUAUUGCAUGGUUACGAGCAACGUACUUUUAAACAUAUACCAAAGAUCGUCUUCACCAUCUGCGAACGUAUUCUACAGCUUUGCGAUUGUCAAGAAGAUAAUUCGCCUUGCGAGAUCGAGUACAAAGUUUCGAGCACACCGUUCACUCGCAAAUUUAUUUCAUACGUAUUAGAAAAAUUACGAGAGAACGGAGGAAAUAUAAGACAUUCUUAUUCCUGGACCGAAUCACUUGCUGACUCAUCUCUUGAUUAUUCGACUUCUACGAAAGCUAGAGCAAGUAGCAGCGAAGGAUCUUCACGAGAUACAGUAGAUGAUAUAGGAAGAUUGAGCGACGUGUUUUGCACGUCGCCUGACACUCCUUCUUGCGAUUUAGCUUAUUCAGGUUUGGACGACAGUUGUGUAGACGAUGUUUUAGCUGAUGGAAUUCACGGACAAGAUCUCGUUGAUAACGAUUGUUACAAAGAGAUACAAUCUCAAAUCGAUCUAAAGGUAGCCGCAAGCAAUGAAAUAUUUCGAAAGAUUAAUAUCGAGGAGGUGGUUAAAGCAUUAAUAAAAGAUUCUACGAGUUUGUCCGAUAAAAUGAACAAAUUUUUGCAACAGUAUCAGAUGGAUUUGAACAAUCGUUGUACAGCAUGGCAACGUUUGGAACUUGAAACGGAUCUCGAUGUUCUCUUUGGUCUUCUUUUCGAAUGGUUGGAGACACUGAAACAUCCUGUUCUCGAUAUGGAUAGUCUAAGUUAUAUCGUCGUUUGGAGUUCGAAACCAGAACGGUGUUUCGAAAAGAUACCUAGUUUUAGCAGAUAUCUUUUGGAAUAUCUUUUAAGAUUCGUUUCUCGUUUGAGACCGAUGACUGGUGAAAGUCAGAGUCUCGUAACGAGAAGAUUCGUCGCUUCUAUGACGCAACAAACUGUUUGGAUGAAAAAUUCUUUUCGACCUUCGAAUAAGAAUUUUCCGAAGCUACGACGCGGUACGGCUGGCAAGAUAAAUGAAUUUUUUAUACGAGCGAUGAGCUUGAUAGAAGAAAUUAAUACGCAAGAAAUGAGCAGACCAUCGUGGAUGUCGAGAUGGGAACUAGUAUCGAGACAAUUAAAUAAAGUGGAUGAAAGGAAAAAAGAAAAAUGAAAAAUAUGAAUGGGUUUCUCUAAGAAAUUAUUUAAGAAUUUUACUCUAUUUAAUCUGUUUAUCUAUCGACAUAUGAUUAGCAAUGUAAAAUAUGUUUAUAUACUGCAAUUAAUGUCGACCCAGAUCUCACCACGUGGAGGUUGCUGAAUGUGAAGAUUAAAAUCAAAGCAAUGGAAUGAAUGUCGCUCCACGAGAAUUCAUAUUACUCUCAAAUAACUAUUAUUGUGCACGACAAGUCAUACUUUUGCGGCAAAUUACACCGGAACUCAAGAUUGGAUCCUGCGGCAUUCAUAAAUACUCACGCGAGUAUUCCGAAAAUGGAUAGUAACAAUUUACUAUCGGUCGAUAAAAUAAAUUCCUAGCUUAGCACCAGCAGAAAAAAGUAAAUUAUUUGAUUGUCGAUUGAUGGUAAAGUAAAUUCUAGUUUUCUCAAUCAAUUAAUUGACCAACGUAUAUACGUUUAUGCUGAUUAUAAACC